AUGGCAGGGUUAUUUCGGAAGGUGUACGACUGGUUGCUCAGGACUUUCUGGGCGACUGAGAUGGAUGUCACGAUGAUAGGUUUGCAGAAUGCUGGGAAGACGUCUUUGCUCCGCGUCCUAUCGGGUGGUGAAUUUACGAUCGACUCUAUUCCCACCGUCGGUUUCAAUAUGAAGCGCGUACAACGUGGCCAUGUGACACUUAAAUGCUGGGACUUGGGUGGUCAACCUCGUUUUCGGCCAAUGUGGGAAAGAUACUGUCGUGGAGUAAAUGCGAUCGUAUUUAUCGUCGACAUCGCAGAUCAAGACCUGCUGCCCAUGGCUAAGGAGGAACUUCAUUCCCUUAUGUCGCAACCUAGCCUCGAAGGAAUCCCUUUACUAGUGCUCGGAAAUAAGUCCGACUUGCACAUCAAACUUAGCGUGGAUGAACUCAUAGAUGCUCUAGAUCUCAAGAGUAUAGGACAUCGCGAGGUUUCCUGCUACGGGAUUAGCGCAAAGGAGGAGACCAACCUAGACGCCGUAAUUCAAUGGCUUAUGAAAUGGGCCAACAGAUAA